ACGGACACACGUAGCGUUACGUUUUCAGUCUCUGCUGUUUUUGUGCAAAACUCAGCGAAGGAAUCCAGCUUUUUCUCUCUUUAGCGGGUUUAUUUCAAGUUCUCCUCGGUCUGAACUCGUUUAACAGUUGAGAUGAACGUGGGCGUGGCACACAGUGAGGUGAACCCAAACACAAGAGUCAUGAACAGCCGGGGCAUCUGGCUUACUUACGCUCUGGGGGUCUGCGCUCUGCACGUGGUCCUGCUCAGUAUCCCAUUCUUCAGUGUCCCUCUGGUGUGGACCCUCACCAACGUCAUUCACAACUUCGGCAUGUACGUGUUCAUGCAUGCAGUUAAAGGCACUCCGUUUGAGACUCCAGACCAGGGCAAGGCCAGACUCCUGACCCACUGGGAGCAGCUGGACUACGGCAUCCAAUUCACCUCCUCCAGGAAGUUCUUCACCAUCUCCCCCAUCGUCCUAUAUUUCUUGGCGAGUUUCUACACAAAGUACGACACGACGCACUUCAUCGUAAACACAGCGUCUCUACUGAGCGUGCUCAUCCCAAAACUGCCCCAGCUCCACGGAGUCCGCAUCCUCGGCAUCAACAAGUACUGAAACUCCACAAAGUCCUGGUCCGGACCACGAUCCAGACCAAGACCCCAGUUCCACAGGAUCUUCAGCUUCGACAAGUACUAGACCUGAACCAAGUCUGAGUCUAGACCUGGUCCAAAAGAAGACCCCAGACUCCUCAGCUUCAACAAGUACUUAUCCAGAACACGUCCAGGUUUAGACCCAGGUCCUGACCUAGACCAACACCCCAGCUCCACUGACCAAGAGUCUCGGCGCUGGGUCAGGACCAGACUUUGCACCCUCAGCAUUAAGAACCAGCUCCAAGUCCAAACCCUGGUCCUGAACAAGACCAAGACUCAAAUAAAUCCUGAAUCCUCCUGAUCCCAAGUUCCACAGAGUCCAGACCGGGUCCAGAUCGGUCCUCCUCAGCGACACCUAGAACUAGUUUAUGUCUAGAAUAUGUAGUCUAAGAACGAACCCAAGUCCAGACACUGUUCCAAGUCCCAAUCAGAGUUUAAACUCCACUGAGUCCAAGAACCGGCUCAUGUCUAGACCUGGUCCUGGUCCUGGUCCUGGUUCUAUUUCCAAAUUCUCCUCCUCAACCCAAUCAGUCCUGUCCCAAGUCCAUCCUGCCAAACUCCAAAGUCUGGAAUCUUCUUCCAUGGGGACAAAGGACUAAGACUUUAGUUCGGACCAGGUCUAGACCCUGGUCCAGACCCUGGUCCAGACCCUGGUCCAGACCCUGGUCCAGACCCUGGUCCAGACCCUGGUCCAGACCCUGGUCCUGGUCUGUCAGGUGUUGGACCCAGAUGAUUCUGUGCCGGUGUGAGUCCCGCCUAACCCAGUAUACACAGACCUGUCACGAGAACAUUAUGAAAAAACAUACUGAAGAAAAUAUAGACGAUAAACGAGUCCAAGAAAUUACUCAAAGUAUUUGGGAAAAGUACUACUCGAGUAAGAAGUAACUGUCGGGAGUGAAUGUAAUUUGAAACGCAACAUGAAACAAUGCGCGGAAUGUGGUGUUUUCAAGCAGAAACGCAAAAAUGAGCCAAACUAAAUCAAAUCUGAAGGAGCUGCAAGAAACACAAAAGUUCAGAUCAUUUCAUAUUUUUACAUAAAACUCCAGUCACUUUAGACUCACAGAGAGAAGAGGAAACACGACUUUUACUCGAGAAAGUGUACUGUUACUUCAAUAACAAUAUCACUCAAAUAGGAGUAAAAGCACGCCAGAAAGUAAGUAAAAAGUAUUACCCUCCUCUGAUAAACGAUAAUACUGAAACAAAUUAGCUUCACUGACAAAAUAACCCCAAAGCGCAAGUAACACCUUAUUAAAAAUGAGCAAAAAUGAAAAAAAAACAAACAAACAAACAACUAAAACACGAGCUGGAAUAAAUAAAAUCAUAGUCGUAGAAGUGAUGUAUUCAAAUCUAAUGAUCGUACAGAAAAACAACAAGGUUUCACACUAAUGCAAAGUCUGAACGAUAAGUACUGAUCCCUCAAAAUGUUUGUUCCGUCUUUCAUUUUGUGUCUGUAGUUUUUACGGUGACGGGCCUAAAUCUGCACCAAAAGUCACAUUAUUAUCAGUGUUUAGUGGGCGGAAUAUCGGCGACACGUUAACGAGGGAGCGUGGGGCGAAAUCUAUCACGUUUCAGCGACCUCUCCUGGGCCCCACUCAAACCCUCCUUUCUGUUAACUGUAAGACGCUGUGCGAGGCUCCGCCCACAAGCCGACAUCACCCACGCCCCCACACGACAAUCCUCCAUAAAUAUACAAAAACAUGACACAAAACUGUACACUACGACUUCACAAACCUGGUGUGAUGUGCAGUAGUUUCAUUAGUGCGACGCAGCUCAUUGUGUCGUGAUAGCGCUCUGAAGGGGGAGCGGCUUAGCACAGAGAGGAGAGACUCAGCGACAAAAACUAAAGCGAAACUUGAAUAUGUUGCUUUUGGGCGAAUAAAGCAUUUUCAAAAGGAUAAAGUUAAACACCCCCUCUUUAAGUUUAUGUUCAAAUUUAAAGCUACAGCAGGUAACUUUUCCACCACCUGCUUGUCUCCUUGGAGAUGUUAUUGCUCUGCCCAGAAUAUUCCACAGUGUGACAUUAACCGUAUCGCGUAUCUCCAUGGAAACAAACCGCUAACGCCCCCAGAUCCGUUUUUGUUUACUUUAUUAAUCUACCGGCCUUUUUACUGAAAACAUAUUUUAAUGCCAUACUGCGGAACAUUUCAUUCCCCCCCCGACCUGAAAUGUUACAUAGUGCACCUUUAAGUUGAAACAAAAAUAUGAAUGUGUUUAGUCGAACAAUAAACUUUUAAUGUGAAAUUUGACAAUAAUACGACCUUAAAACUUAAACUUGAGUUGAUUUUACAAACGUCACAUUUAAAGGAGCUGUACGUAACAUUUUGUUCAUAAAUGUGACCCAUCAAACACAACUUUUACUCAGAACAGUUAAAACGCUGAUUUAUUCUUAAUCACAAAAACUCUGGACAUGACGGACAAGUUAUUUUUGUUAUAAUUUGGUGGUUUGGUUCAAUUAUCCAAUCAGAGAGCAGAGGGAGCGUCACAUGACUCUCUCUGAUCUGAUUGGUCUCUGCCUCUUUCACAUGAGGCCCGUCCAUAAACUGAGACACUGCAGGACACGGCUCUGGACACAGAGGUGGAGCUGUGAGUGCAGGUUCCGUACUGGCCCUUUAGAGUUGUAAUUUGCCGAGUGAAUUUGGUUUAGUAUUUAAAGCAGAACUCCAACUUUUUAGCUCGUUUUGUUUGAAGCCAUCAGGAUGUUAAAACGCUAAAACACGUGUAGAAAUGAGUUUGUGCGAUACGUGAACCUCAGCCCAGUGAACGGUUUAAAUAUUAACCACAAACCUGCACAAAUAUCACUUUAUCCUUAGAUUUGUUUAGGUUUUUUUUCAGCUUUUGGACAAUUUUCUUGUUUUUUAGCAACAAUUUCAGAAUGACCUUUUGUCGACGCUUUGAUCAGCCCCCGUCUCGUUCAACAGCUUCCCCUGCAAAUGUCCUUAAAACAGACUUAAGAGUUUAUUAAAAACCUUGCCUAGUUUGACGAUUUUACUCAAGUUUAUCGUUUUACUUCCCGGUUGGACACGGGCAGCAGACGUAGAGGUAACGCUACAACUGUUACCGAGCAGUAAGAGCCAAACUGCGACUAAUUUACGCAAUACUUAUGAUUUCAUGAUUAAAAAUAAAAAUACAACACCUUUAUUUAGAGAAAUGAAGCUUUAAAGUGUCAGAAAAAUGUCUAACUUGUGUGUUUUAGAUGGACUUUUCUGUUUUGACGACGUACGCAGAGGGAUUCUACUUUACAACUCAGAGCUACUUCCUGUAUUUUUGUUGUUUUUUUUCUUUUCUACUCCACAAACUGCCACUUCACUGAUGUAAAACUAUGACAAAUAUUCAGCGCAGGUUCUUGAAGUCACUGUCAAAGUCUAGUAUCAAACUGGACCGCCAUGAGCUUUACUAACUUCUGUGAAUGUCGUUCUGUGCUUUUAGCCUGGACCGUCCCGGGCUGGCCUGGGACAGUUCUGAGCCGUUCUGUGUUUGGGUUUGUCCCACUUCCACGUUUAUGUUUACUUUCCAUUAGAGCUAGGUGCCAGUGGCGUCUAGUUGGAGGUACUAUAUACGAUUUAUGUUUUGUAAAUGGAUAACAAACUGAUUCAUAUUAAAAUAAAUAAAAUAAUUGUAUUUAAAAGUG